AUGCAUGAUUUAGAGGAGGUUGUUGAAAUCGAAUCAGAAAAGGAAGGGGUUGAGGAGGAAAAAGAGGAAAAGGAGAAGUCAAGGAAGGAGUUAAAAGAGAAGAAGGAGCAAGGACUUGUAGAAAACCCCAAUUCCAUUGAAGAUAUUAUGCCAAUCAGUAUGGUAGGUGCCAUCUACAAGAUUAUUGCCAAAAUCCUCUCCUCCCGCCUCAAAGAGGUUAUAACCCCUCUUAUUGAUGAAUCACAAAGUGCCUUUGUCAGGAACAGACAGAUACUGGAUGGAGUGUUGAUUGCAAAUGAAUCCUUACGAUGGUUGAGAAAAAAGAAAAUUCCUGGAACCUUGAUCAAACUCGAUUUUCAAAAGGCCUAUGAUUCUGUGAACUAG